AUGAUGAGGUUGAUAUCUAGGACGUUCCCGUCCGUGAAGCUUCGCAAUCACAACCUUACCCCAAAAUCUCCAGAAUUGAAAAGUUUGCCAACCCAAGUUCCGAUUUCAUCUUCUUCUUCGCAAGAAAACUCGAAGAUCCCUAAACCCAAAUCCUGGUCCGUUUAUCUCCUUCUCUCUACAAACGAACCUAUCAAAACAUACGUCGGCAUCACCACCGAUUUUACCCGCCGAUUAAGGCAGCACAAUGGUGAGAUUAACGGAGGAGCAAAAGCUUCAAGUGCAGGAAGACCAUGGUUGAAACCGAUUGGAAAAUUGUGA